GAAGAAUGAAUGCUUUAUUGUCAUAUAUAUCUUGAAGAUAUAGUGGGAAGUAUUUUGUCACUACAAUUUGGUGGCGUUUUGAGUUACACUAAGGAUAGAAAGGAAUUAAGUAAGAGGUCAUGUUAUGUUCAAAAUGGAGUCUCAAGCAUGGCUUCAGGGCUUCUGCAAGGUGUCUGGAAGGUGUUCUGGUCCUCAAGGAGUCCCAUUCCAGGAACAGCAACGUUGACGCCGAUGCCCCAGCUCUGCUGCCACUGCCUCGCCGACACCACCAAGUGUCCAGGUUCCAGGCUUCUGUUCGCUUCAGGCACUGUUACCACCAAGAAUUCAGAUUCAGGCCUACUGCUGCUAGGAGUCCCUGCAGGAGUCUCGAUCCAUGCAGCUGCCACCCUGCCGACACCACUCUGGCCUCGAAGAAGGAGGAGAAAGGAAGAAGAAAAAGACUAAAUGUACGUGGAAAAAAUGAUGCUGUCAGCCUGGAGAGGAUGGGCUUCGACCAGCCCAAAAACCACCCACCAUGCCAGCGCUGUAUUGAAGAAACUUUGAGAACAACCUUUCUCAGAACGUUAGCCUAGUUGCUCCUUUUAUUUCAGAUUUCCUGUAUUUUAUUUUUCAUUUAUUCCAAAGUCAUGGUACAGUUGGCAAGAACAAAUAUGCAGAAUUGGUUACCAGCCCUAAUGAUUUACUUCAGAAGGCGGCUGUUGCCUGAGAGGAAUCGGUCUAGUUGCAAAUGUGAAUUCUUUGAAAGGUUUCCUUGAACUUGACGCCGAGUAGAUAAGAGGACGUGAACAUUCAUAACUGGUGCAUCAUUUUGUACCAUAACUAACCAACCCGUUAGACAAUGUGAGCACUACAAAAACAAAGUGCACAAACCACGAUAAGCCUGUCGGACAGUAAUUCCCCGGUAAAGGGGGAAGCGAGGUUACUGGGCUCAGGCCGACACUUCAGCGAGGGGGCUACGGCUUUGGGAGUCUCUAACAGCGGGCACCGAUGGGCUGGGGGUCGGUGCAGCUUCUCCUCCUGGUCCUGAUCCCCCCGGGGAGCCAGGCCGGGGCUCCACUAUCGGCGGGGUGUCUCAGCUGUGAGAAGCUGUGGAAGGUUAAAGAGCGGACCGUGCACGGUGAUGACUCCGGCCUCCUGAGGCCUCGGGUUAGCGCCGACGAGUUGGGCUCCGGGGCCGCGCCGCCCCUCGAAGCGGACUCCCGCCUGGGCCUGAAGCCCGGCAUGGCCGCCCCUCCCUUCACCCUGGAAACCCUGAACGGAAAGCUGAGCUACCCGGCCAUCCCGGAGCAGCCGGGACUCUCUUUCACCUUCCAGGCGUUCACCAACAAGUCGGGCUUCCUCGAGUGUCUCUGGAGCUCAACGGCGUCUCUCGUCGCCCUAGUCGACGGUUUGCCCCCUCACACCCACUUGGUCUUCAUGUCCUUCGAUGACUCGGCCCCCGGGGAUGUCAGGUGGAUGAAGCAGCAGCUUAUCCCCGUGAUGGAGGCAAGGUUGAAAAACAUCAGUAGAUUUAAAGAUUUCCUGUCUCGACUUCACUUCGUACCAAUUCCUGUCUAUGCGCUGGGAAACUGGAUCCCUGCGAUAUUCUAUGCCUGGAGAUGUCAACAGCACAACUGUGGGCUUGCUCAAGUUGUUUUCACUUCGGCAGGUAUAAUGAAUGGUUUUCAAAGUGAAACAUUUUAA